UGUGAGUGGGAGAAGGUCCACGCCGCAGGAGCGCCGUUCUGUGAGAGCCCACGGACCGUGUGCGCGCACGCACGCCCCUCGGUACCCACGCGCGGACACGGAGAGCACGCACGGGACGACGCCGCGCCUUUUUGGCCAUGAGUGUGGAUUUGCUCGCGGUUUUGUGCGCGAUCGCUGCGGUCUCUGCGGUGGAAGAAACGUUGAUGGACACGCGGACGGCCACAGCGGAGCUGGGCUGGACAGCCUACCCAGCAUCAGGGUGGGAGGAGGUGAGCGGGUACGAUGAGAACCUCAACACCAUCCGGACCUACCAGGUGUGCAACGUCUUCGAACCCAGUCAGAACAACUGGCUGCUGACCACCUUCAUUGAGCGCCGUGGAGCCCAGCGCGUCUAUGCUGAGAUGCGCUUCACCGUACGCGACUGCAGCAGCAUCCCCAACGUGCCCGGCUCCUGCAAGGAGACCUUCAACCUGUAUUACUACGAGACGGAUGCCGUCAUUGCCACUAAGGGCUCCGCCUUCUGGAUGGAGGCACCCUACUUGAAAGUGGACACCAUUGCGGCCGACGAGAGCUUCUCGCAGGUCGACUUCGGAGGUCGCCUGAUGAAGGUGAACACGGAGGUGCGCAGCUUCGGGCCGCUGUCUCGCUCCGGGUUCUACCUGGCCUUCCAGGACUACGGUGCUUGUAUGUCGCUACUCUCCGUCCGUGUUUUCUUCAAGCGCUGUCCCAGCGUGGUGCAGAACUUUGCCAUCUUCCCUGAAACCAUGACGGGUGCCGAGAGCACCUCGCUAGUUAUCGCCCGUGGCGUCUGCAUUCCCAACUCCGAGGAGGUGGACGUGCCCAUCAAGCUGUACUGCAAUGGUGAUGGCGAAUGGAUGGUGCCUAUCGGCAGCUGCACCUGCAAGGCUGGGUAUGAACCUGACAACGGGAACGUAUGCCGAGCCUGCCCUCCUGGAACCUUCAAGUCCAGUCAAGGGGCGGGGCUUUGUCAACAGUGCCCGCCCAACAGCCGUUCUGCCGUGGAGGCAGCCACCAUCUGCAUCUGCCGCAACGGCUACUACCGCAGUGACAUGGACCUCCCGGAGGCCUCCUGCACCAGUGUCCCUUCUGGCCCCAGAAAUGUGAUCUCAGUGGUGAAUGAGACUUCGGUGGUGCUAGAGUGGAACCCGCCGCGGGAGACGGGCGCCCGGGAGGACGUGGUCUACAACAUCAUAUGCAAGAAGUGCCGUGCCGACCGACGUACCUGCUCACCCUGUGAUGACAAUGUGGAAUUUGUCCCACGCCAGCUGGGCCUCACUGAGACACGAGUGUUCAUCAGCAACCUGUGGGCACACACUCCCUACACCUUCGAGAUCCAGGCUGUCAACGGAGUCACCAGCAAGAGCCCCUACCCAGCCCAGCAAGUGACGGUCAACAUCACAACCAACCAGGCUGCUCCAUCCAUUGUACCCAUCAUGCACCAGGUCAGCUCUACGAUGAACAGCAUCACGCUUUCAUGGCCGCAACCCGAACAGCCCAACGGUAUCAUCCUAGACUAUGAGCUGCGCUAUUCUGAGAAGGACCACCCGGAGUCCAACUCUUCAGUGGUGCGGAGUCAGACCAACACGGUGCGCCUGGAGGGACUCAAACCCGGCACCGUGUACGAGGUCCAGGUCCGCGCUCGCACCGUCGCAGGUUUCGGCAGGUACAGCGGCAAGAUGUGCUUCCAGACGCUGACAGAUGACGAGUACAAGUCGGAGCUGAGGGAGCAGCUUCCCCUGAUCGCGGGCUCAGCGGCGGCCGGGGUGGUGCUGGUCGUGUCCCUGGUGGCCAUCUCCAUUGUGUGCAGCAGGAAGAGAGCGUACAUAAAGGAGACCAUCUACAGUGACAAGCUGCAGCACUACAGCACUGGGCGAGAACUCUCUCUCAGACCAGAUGUGACUAACUGCCACUCCCCCGCCGGCUGCCCCGCCCACUUCCCAGGCUCACCGGGGAUGAAGAUAUACAUCGACCCCUUCACCUACGAGGACCCUAAUGAGGCGGUCCGGGAGUUUGCCAAGGAGAUUGACGUUUCCUGCGUGAAGAUCGAGGAAGUCAUCGGCGCAGGGGAGUUUGGGGAGGUGUACAAAGGGAGGCUCAAACUACCUGGCAAACGGGAGCUCUACGUGGCCAUCAAGACCCUCAAAGCGGGAUACUCGGAGAAGCAGCGGCGGGACUUCCUGAGUGAAGCCAGCAUCAUGGGCCAGUUCGACCACCCCAACAUCAUCCGUCUGGAGGGCGUGGUCACCAAGAGCCGCCCGGUGAUGAUCAUCACGGAGUUCAUGGAGAACGGCGCGCUUGAUUCCUUCCUCAGGCAGAACGACGGGCAGUUCACGGUGAUCCAGCUCGUGGGGAUGAUGCGGGGAAUCGCAGCUGGGAUGAAGUACCUUGCGGAGAUGAACUAUGUGCACCGCGAUCUGGCCGCCAGGAACAUCUUGGUCAACAGCAACCUGGUGUGCAAGGUGUCCGAUUUUGGUCUAUCUCGCUACCUUCAGGAUGACACGUCGGACCCCACCUACACCAGCUCCCUGGGUGGCAAGAUCCCGGUACGAUGGACCGCACCAGAGGCCAUCGCCUACAGAAAGUUCACCUCGGCCAGUGACGUGUGGAGCUAUGGCAUUGUCAUGUGGGAAGUGAUGUCGUUCGGCGAACGGCCGUACUGGGACAUGAGCAACCAGGACGUGAUCAAUGCCAUCGAGCAGGACUACCGGCUGCCACCACCCAUGGACUGUCCCACCGCACUGCACCAGCUCAUGCUGGACUGCUGGCAGAAGGACCGCAAUGCUCGGCCCAAAUUCACCGACAUUGUCAACACACUGGAUAAGAUGAUCCGCAACCCUGCCAGCCUGAAGGCCGUGGCUACCAUCACUGCAGUGCCUUCCCAGCCCUUGCUGGAUCGUUCCGUGCCCGACUUCACCGCCGUUACCUCAGUGGAGGACUGGCUCGGAGCCAUCAAGAUGACCCAGUACAGGGACAACUUCCUGAGCUCCGGGUUCACCUCUCUGCCCCUGGUGGCACAAAUGACCUCUGAGGACCUUCUGCGGAUCGGGGUGACUCUCGCGGGCCACCAGAAAAAGAUUCUCAACCACGUCCACUCCAUCCAGGCGCAGAUGACCCAGUCGCCCACUGCCAUGGCGUGACUACAGGGGGUGCCGCGUGGGGGCAGUGAGAAGGCCGCGCUGUGGAUGAGCUCCGGCUUGACGGAACACGCCUGGCUGGAGACCAUCACCUUGAUCUGACAUCAUGUCCAGCGCAGCUGGAGUGCAACUCCUUGCAAUCUCCUUUGCCUGCUUCCGCCCGGCUGUCGCCGUUCACGCCGAGGAACGAUGAGGGUUAUUAUGCAAAGUCAAAAAAGAAAUAAUAACCUACACUCAUACAGGGAACACUUUCUUGAGUCUGGCUCUGGAAUAUCACUGAUUCUGGGAAUAUUUAUUUUGACUUUGACUUCUCUUCCUCUGCUUGGAGUCAAGAUGGUCGGAGUCGGAAUCCAGGAGUCGGGCAAACAGCUGUGGCUUUUUUUCCGAUUCAUUUGUUUUCAUAAAUUCCGAGACCUAUUUUUUAGCCAUCGUUUCUCAAGAAACACUUGAGCUACCUGAAGAAGUCGAGGAGGGCAACGCUGCUCUUGGACGACUCCAAGCGGCAGCAUCCCGAUUUCAGAUCCAUUUGAGGACAACACAUCAACGUACAAAAAUGCAUAUAUAUAUAUAUAUAGAAAUGAAUAUAACGUAAUUCAGAUAAAUCUUCAUAUUGAAGGUGAUGUGUAAUUAAUUUAUGUAUAUAUAUAUACUUUCUCCGCUUGCAUUUUUGGCAACUCUCUGUUUGCAAACUGGAUUAUAAAGCGCACUAAGCAGUGACAUGGGAGCCUCGUUUCGUCAAAGCCACGCUUGAACACUUCCACGCUUUGAGCUCCUCGUAAAGGCCACAGACAAUGAAGAGCGACGAGCUGAAACUCGGCCAACUUCUGUAUAAAGGAUUGACUGUGUAUUU